AUGUGGGAUGGGUUUGGAUCCGGAACCCAAAUUUUAAAGGGUUUUGGAAAGCUGUGCAGAUGCCUGUUUGCCCUGUGGGCUUGGAGCCCUGAAGUGCACCCCGGAUCGGGGUCUUUAGGGGGAGUCCCCGGGGGACCUCCCCUCCGCUUUAACCGGGGCCCUUUUGCCUUUAGCUAUGCCCAAAGGUGGCUCGAGACCCGAGCCACCCAAAGGAAUGUGGCAUUUGGCCCUUUCCACGGAAUCCCGACCUCGUCGAGAAAAAUCGAUUUAUUCGAAUAUCUUUACAAGAUAGUGUCCUCAGAUACAGAUUCUUACACCAUAUCUGGAACGAACGGCUUCGAAACUGUCGAUGAAAAAAAGGGUUGGGGAUAUCAGGCAAGAUACUUCUACACCUUACCUGACUAUGAAAUUGUCCGUGAACGGUUGGCAAAAAAGAAGUCCGAAAAAGGAGUCAUCAAGAAGCUCGUGAUGAAGCCCGGAAAAGCAGUCAUCAAGCCCGCGAUGAAGCCCGGAAAAGGAGUCAUCAAGAAGCCCGCGAUGAAGCCCGGAAAAGGAGUCAUCAAGAAGCCCGCGAUGAAGCCCGGAAAAGGAGUCAAGAAGUCCGCGAAGAAGCCUAGAAAAGGAGUCAAGAAGUCCGCGAUGAAGCGUAGAAAGUGUGCAACAGAAUGUCACGUCAUCGAGAAGCCUAUUAAGUUUGUCAAGAAGUAUGCGAAGAAGUCCAAAUAUAUAGAAGUCUUCCCGAAGAAAGAACAGGAGCCUGAGGUCCCUCGGAAGACGGAUCUGAAGCCCGAGGAUUCUGAUGGGGAUUCUGAUACGGACUCUUUCACGUACUCUUCUCAUGACGAGGAAGACGUACAGCUGGAGUCCAAGACGGCCGAGGAUUCUGAUGGGGAUUCUGAUAAGGACUAUUUCACGUACUCUUCUGAUGACGAGGAUGACGUACAGCUAGAGUCCAAGACGGCCGAGGAUUCUGAUGAGAAAAUAGAAAUCUUCCCGAAGAAAGAACAGGAGCCUGAGGCCCUUCGGAAGACGGAUCUGAAGCCCGAGAAGAUGGCCGAGGAUUCUGAUAAGGAUUCUGAUGAGGACUUUUUAAUGUACUCUUCUGAUGACGAGGAUGAUUCUAAUAACGACAUUUUCACGUACUAUUCUGGUGACGAGAAUGACGAUGACGUACAGCUAGAGUCCAAGACGGCCGAGGAUUCUGAUGAGAAAAUAGAAAUCUUCCCGAAGAAAGAACAGGAGCCUGAGGUCCUUCGGAAGACGGAUCUGAAGCCCGAGAAGAUGGCCGAGGAUUCUGAUGAGGACUUUUUAAUGUACUCUUCUGAUGACGAGGAUGAUUCUAAUAACAACAUUUUCACGUACUAUUCUGGUGACGAGAAUGACGUACAGUAG